GUGUGGUUGGUGCCCACAGUGUUGGAGAUAAACGUCAACCAACACUGUCGCAGCUAGAGUCAUUGAACAAGCAUUGUACACAACAGCGAUGAGGGUACAGGCCGUGUUAGCAUUGGCUACAAUUAGCCUCUUUGCUUCAGGUACCUCUGCUAAUGGAGAUGAGGUGGUGACUGUUACAUACAAAUAUACAGCUAAUGUAAAACUUGAGAACACUACCAUCAGCCUUCAAGCAACUGUUGAGAUUACUGAACUUGGUGAUGCUGGUGGCGAUUACAAGAACACAGGCGCUAAGGAGUUCCAAGGUCGAGUUUAUCACAUUGCUGCUGUUGAAAAUGGUAGUAUGGUUGUUCCUCAAGCUGAAUAUCCACUUGAUAAACGGUUUGGAAAUCCAUUUAAGUUCAUCCAAAGGGCAGAUGGGAGUAUAGCAGAAAUUCUGUUCCACCAGAAAGAUUUAUCCAAAACAAACGUCCUUAACUUCAAACGAGGUAUAGUGUCGGCGUUCCAAACAAGUACAUCUGACGACGAUGCUGAGGUUGCUGAAACGGACCAGAUGGGGUCGCAUAAGACAGUAUAUAAGGUUCUAUCGGGGAAAGGUAAAUCAAAAAAGCUUCAGAAACAGUUUGCUGCGUCUGAUAUUAAAGUAGAAGGUGCGGAGAUAGAAGGUGAUGAGGAACAAGAUGUUGAGGAUGGCAAAGUAGUCAAUGGAAAGGGAAAAAUCAAGAUCAAAUCUGGAACUAUUGGCAAGACAGAUGUGGACAAUCUUGGAAAUGAACAAAAUAUCUCCCCCUUGAGUUCCCAUGUUCCUGUGGUGACGUCUGGCUUGGAGGCAGAAGUCACUGCAACCUAUACUUUAGAACGUUUGAAAUCUGAGGAGGAUGAAGAUGAGAUUCUCUUAGAAACCUACCAAAAGGCAGUUGGAAAACUAUUAGAAAUUGAUAUAGAAGCGGUCUUCUCCAAUUACCUGAAAGGCAAAGGGGAUGUAGAUGAUCUUAUCCCUUUUAAGGAUGUCUUGCUUCUUGAGAACAAACUUGAUUAUACUAGAGCAUCUAAGAAAGAACUCAGCGAGAAAGAAAUCGAUCUUAUGACAGCAUAUGUUAUUUCUAAAACCAAAAAGUUCGUGAAGAAGUGUGACUUUUCUAAGGAAGAAUGCUUGCAAAUUGUCCAGUUGUAUACCCUGGGAGGAGGUAAAGUUGCUGAAAAGGCAUUGAUGAAAAUCCUGAAGAACAAAAAGAUUGAAAAAUCUGCACGAAUUAAGAUAAUUAGCAUCGUCUCGACUAUGAUCAAUCCAUCGGAUGCGUUUGUAAAGUUUGUGAAAAAGCUUUAUGACUCUGAGAAGAAAGAUGGCGACAUCAAAUCAGCUUUUCUUCUUUGUCUUGCCGCCUUGGGCGGUAAUGACUCUGUUGGUGCCUCCCAAAAAUCUGCUAUAGUAGAUACACUAAUCAAGAUUUUGAAACUCAUACGUGAAUAUUUGGAAAGCUUAAAAGAAACCGAUGAUGACUUCCCUGCUUACUUACAAGACGCUCUCGAUACUCUUGAAGCUAUUGGUAACAUGGGAGACGAGAGACUUGUUGAUAAAGUUAUCGAGUUUGCAGAAAAGUUCCCAGACAACCCGUCGAUCCAAACUGCAGCGAUACAUGCUCUCAGAGCCCAAUUUGGACUUUUACGUGUGCAACAAUGGCUGAAGAAAGCGAUGCAGAACGGAGAUUGUGACCUAAAAGAAAAUGCCAUGAACACUCUCAGAGAUAGAAUCUCGAACGAUUUCCUUAAUGGUGUGAAGGACAAGUGGCCUCUUUAUCACUUUACAGUUUUUGAUGAAUGGCUGGAGGACAUUUUCUUAGAUGGAAAUAAUACGGAAUUUGAGUGUAUUUUCUCAGAUAUUGAGAAAUACUUCCAAGACAAGGCUGAUCAAGAGGCGGAAGAUGUACUGCUGAAACAUAAAGGUAUCAUUCCAAGAAGGGUUGAGCAUGCAUCGUGUAGCUACUGGAAUACCUUCGGGGGAAAGUAUGGUGGAAUCCAAUCAGCAAGUACAUUUCUCUCCGACAACAACAGAUACACGCACAAUGCCCAUUGCUUGGCUCACUUUAGUGUUGGUGGGAGCAAAGCAAGUGCGCAUUUAAAGACAGGAAUAUUUGCAGGGCGAUAUUGCUGUGCUUGCAAUUUCAAGGUGUUUGCCAAAACCUAUGCAUACGGCUAUGUCUACGGAAAAUACUUGUCACUCGGAACUGUGGAGUUCUAUGCAUAUAAAUACUAUUCCAGUUACGAGGUGCGAGGAUAUGUUAGAGUAGGGGGUAGAACAUUCCUCGACUACCGGAACAGAUGCUGUAUGCACGGGCUAGUAUGGUUAAAAGACUGGACAACACCGAGCUAUAGCUGGCGGGUCACGAUCUACAGGAUCGCUGUGCUAGUGCUGAGACUCGACCUGAGCGUUUAUGUCAGGCCUUAUUUCUCCUUUAGGCUUCAGACGUCACUAUGGACAGGUUGCGGUAUUAGUGUAUAUGCAAGGCCGAAAGCUCAUCUAACCAUGUCUGGUGGCGUAUCUGCCAGUCUUUGGCUUGUCCAAGGAGGUAUAAAUCUUGGAGUGAAUCUCAACUAUUACACCAAGGCUACGGCUAAGGCUGCAUAUCCUAACCAAGCGUGUGCCGGACUAUACCAUGGCUACGAUCGUCAAUCAAUAAGCAUCAGAGCCUGGUACCAGAGAAAGUACUUGAACAAAAAAAGUUUCUGGCCAUGGAAAUGGAGAUGGGAGUGGACAUCCAGAACGUAUUAUACGAUACAGUCGUGGAGCGUACCAGCUGUGCCCGAGAGCAGGAUUUGGUAUGGUUGUGUGAACUAAAGAACAGUAGAAACAAGAUCAAGUAUUGUGUUGAAAAAUAAUAUUGCUGAUAUUUAAUGUUAUGAGUAAUGACUGUUAUAAUGCAUCCAGAAUAAAUUC